AUGCAUGAGGAGAUAUUUGCUCUAGAGGAAAAUGAUACAUGGGUUUUAACUGCUCUUCCUCAUCACAAGACAGCCAUUGGUUGUCGUUGGGUUUAUAAAAUCAAACAUCGAGCUGAUGGGUCCAUCGAACGUUACAAGGCUCGCUUGGUUGCUAAGGGUUACACUCAAAUGGAAGGUCUUGAUUUUAUUGACACUUAUUCUCCUGUUGCAAAGCUCACUACUGUUAGGUUAAUUCUUGCCCUUGCAACUAUGAACAAUUGGCAUCUUAAACAGCUCGAUGUUAACAAUACUUUUCUCCAUGGCAUUCUUCAUGAGGAGGUUUACAUGCAACUUCCUUCGGGUAUCACUCCUUCACUCCCUGGAUAG